AUGCCGUACGAACUGAAGCAAGUAUUCGCCAGUCUCCCACAGAUGGAGAGGGGAGUUGCAAAGGUGAUUGGAGGCGAUCCCAAAGGAAACAACUUCCUCUAUACUAAUGGGAAAUGUGUCAUCAUCAGGAACAUUGAGAAUCCAGCCAUUGCAGAUAUUUACACCGAGCAUGCUCAUCCAGUUACAGUGGCCAAGUAUGCCCCCAGCGGAUUCUACAUUGCAUCUGGAGAUGCAUCAGGAAGGAUCCGUAUCUGGGACACCACCCAGAAAGAGCACAUGCUCAAGUAUGAGUACACCCCUAUAUCAGGAAAGGUCAAGGACAUUGCGUGGACAGAGGAUAGCAAGAGGAUUGCUGUUGUUGGAGAUGGACGGGAGAAGUUUGGUUCCGUGUUCUUGUGGGACUCUGGCUCGUCAGUUGGAGAGGUGUCUGGCCAUGCCAAACUUAUCAACAGUGUGGACAUAAGACAGAAACGUCCUUACCGCCUCGCCACUGCCAGCGAUGACACCUGUGGUUCUUUCUUUGAGGGACCUCCCUUCAAAUUCAAAUUCACAUUACGGGACCACAGCCAGUUUGUGAACUGCGUACGUUUCUCUCCAGAUGGAAGUCGCUUUGUUACCGCUGGUGCCGACGGUCAGAUAUUUGUCUACGAUGGCACAAAUGGUGAGCGUGUUGGAGCACUUGGUGGAGAGAAGGCGCACAAAGGAGGAAUCUAUGCGGUCAGCUGGAGUCCUGACAGUUCCCAGCUGAUCUCAGCCUCAGGAGACAAGACGGUCAAGCUCUGGGAUGUUGGUGCAGGCACAGCAGUCACAACCUUCAACAUGGGCUCUGAUGUGACGGACCAGCAGCUGGGCUGCCUGUGGCAGAAAGACCACCUCCUCAGCAUCUCUCUGUCCGGAUACAUCAACUACCUAGACAAGAACAACCCCGACCGGCCCAUACGGACAGUUAAGGGUCACAGCAAAUCCAUCCAGUGUCUGACUGUUCACAAAGGCGAUGGGCGCACAUACAUCUAUUCGGGGAGCCAUGAUGGACAUAUCAAUAUCCUUUUGAAUUAUAUAUCACAGUACGGUGGCUCAAUGGUCCCAAGCAAUCAGGUGAGCAAGAUGGUGACUGACGAGGCCAGCGAGCUGGUGACGUGCAGCAUGGAUGACACACUGCGCUACACAGACCUCAACAAGAAGGAGUACAGUGCCUCUGAUGUAGUGAAGAUGGAUUUCCAGCCAAAAAGCGUGUCGGCAGCAGUCGGAGGGCUGUCACUGGCUGUGUGCAUCGGGCAGAUUGUCUUGCUGAAGGAUAAGAAGAAAAUCUUCACGCUGGACAACCUUGGCUAUGAACCAGAGGUUGGAGUCAUCCAUCCUCGUGGCACCACUGCUGCAGUGGGGGGAGCAGAUGGGAAAGUCCACCUCUACUCAGUUCAGGGUAACACUCUGAAAGAUGAGGGGAAAACUCUUGAGGCCAAAGGGGCCAUCACAGACAUGGCUUAUUCUAAUAACGGAGCCUAUCUGGCGGUCAUCGAUGAGAAGAAAGUCACAACAGCCUUCAGUGUGGCAGACGGGUACUCCGUGAAAAAUGAGUUUUACGGGCAUCAUGCCAAACCAGUGACUUUGGCCUGGUCACCUGACAAUGAGCACUUUGCGACUGGAGGAAUGGACAUGAUGGUAUAUGUGUGGACCAUUGGGGAUGCUGAUCAGAGGAUCAAAAUUCCAGACUCUCACCGUUUACACCACGUCAGUGGGCUGGCCUGGAUCGAUGAGCACACUCUUGUCACCACCUCCCACGACGCCAGCCUCAAGCUGUGGACAAUUACAUACUGA